AUGAAAGAUAUUGAAGUAAAAUGUGAUGUUCAAGCUUUACAAGAUAUAGCCAAUCGUUUAAGAAUCCACAGUGUCACUGCUACGAAUGCAUCAAAAUCUGGUCAUCCUACAUCAUGUUCAUCUCUCGCUGAAAUCAUGUCCGUAUUAUUUUUCAAUGUCAUGAGAUACAGUCCGAAAGAACCAAAACAUAGAUCUAGUGAUCGAUUGGUGUUAUCAAAAGGUCAUGCAGCUCCUGUUUUAUAUGCAGCUUGGGCUGAAGCUGGCCUUUUCUCACCCUUGGAAUUACUUAAACUAAGAAAAAUUGAUAGCGAUUUAGAGGGACAUCCAACACCGAGAUUAAAUUUUAUCGAUGUGGCGACUGGAUCAUUGGGACAGGGCCUUUCCAUUGCUUGCGGUAUGGCAUAUGUGGGAAAACAUUAUGAUCGUUCCUCUUACAGGGUGUAUUGUAUUGUCGGAGAUGGUGAAAGUUGUGAAGGAAGCAUAUGGGAAGCAUUACAUUUUGCCGGUCAUUAUCAAUUGAAUAAUUUAUGUGUCAUAUUCGAUAUAAAUCGGUUGGGUCAGUCUGGCCCCACAUCACUCGAGCACAAUAUGGAGAUAUAUAAAAAGAGAUUGGAAGCAUUUGGUUUUCAUGCAGAAGUUAUCAAUGGCCACGACAUUGAGGUUCUUUGUAAAGCUUUUCAUACAGCAUGUAAAAAUGUUGAUCGGCCUACUGCAUUACUCGCACAAACCUUUAAAGGGAAAGGAUUCCCCGAUAUAGAAGAUCUCGAAGAUUGGCAUGGAAAACCACUCAUGGAUAGAGGAGAAAGAAUAAUUCAAGACUUGAAAAAUUUAAUCAGCACUGAUCAAUCGAAAUUAAAACCAUUAGAAAUAGUAGAUGACUCCCCCAUUGUAGAUAUAUCGAACAUUAAAUUGUCUACACCACCUAAUUAUUCCCUGGGAGAUAAAAUAGCUACCAGAUUGGCGUAUGGAGUCGCUCUUUCAAAAAUAGCUGCAUCCAACGAUAGAGUCAUUGGAUUGGAUGGCGACACGAAAAAUUCAACUUAUUCCGACAAGUACAUAGAGUGUUACAUAGCCGAACAAAAUUUAGCUGGGGUUGCCAUCGGAGCAGCUUGUCGAGACCGUACCGUAGCUUUUGCAUCAACAUUCGCUGCCUUUCUAACAAGAGCUUUCGAUCAGAUACGAAUGGCAGCCAUAUCUCAGAGCAACGUUAAUUUUGCCGGAUCUCAUUGCGGAGUUAGCAUCGGUGAAGAUGGUCCCAGUCAAAUGGGUUUAGAGGACAUAGCCAUGUUUCGUAGCGUUCCCAACUGUACCGUAUUUUAUCCGAGUGAUGCAGUGAGCGCAGAAAGAUCCGUCGAAAUCGCUGCCAACACGAAAGGUAUAUGUUUCAUAAGAACGUCGAGACCCGCAACCAGCGUCCUUUACAAAAACGAUGAAGAUUUUGCCAUAGGAAAAGCAAAAAUAUUGAAAAAAUCCAACGACGAUCAGGUAUUGAUCAUAGGUGCCGGAAUAACACUUCACGAAGCUUUGGAUGCGGCCAACAAACUCGCUGAGAAAAAUAUUUCCGUUAGGAUUUUGGAUCCAUUUACGAUCAAACCCCUCGACGAGGACGCCAUCAUAUCGAACGCCAAAGAAUGUAACGGAAACGUCAUAGUCGUGGAAGAUCAUUAUCCGGAAGGAGGAAUCGGUGAAGCCGUUAAAAGUUGUCUAGCAGAAGAAAGAAAUACUUGCAUAAAACAUUUAGCGGUGAGAGAAAUUCCGAAAUCCGGACCACCGAACGCACUCUUAGAAAAAUACGGCAUCAAUUCGGCCGCCAUUAUUCGCGCCGUUAAAUCUUUUUCAAUAUAA